UCUUUACUUGGUUUCUCGUAUCACGGUGGCUGUGAGUACCGUGAAGGACAUUAAAGUGUUAAGACGUACACGAUCGAAGAAGAUACAAAGAGAGGAAAAAAAGAAAGAUUAAAAGAGAUACAGAUUUAGAGAGAGAUAGAUAGAGAGAGAGAGAGAGAGAGAGAGAGAGAGAAACUACGCAAUUUUUUUAUCGUAACAAAGUUAUCUAUUAUUAAUUUUUUUUUUUUUUUAUUACGUGAACACGUUUUAUUAAUAUACGCAAGAGGUAUUAAUACAUAGAUAAAAACGGUAAAGGAUUAGAUUGUAUUAUGUCAAGACUGUGCCGACGUUGUCGUUAAGAACGUAUUUUGAUUGGUUAUCUAUUUUCUUCGAUAGGAAACUAUAAAAAAAAGAAAAAAAAAAAAAAAAAAAAAGAAAAGAAAAAAAGUCAAUCUUCUUAUCUCGAAUUAUUUAUCUACGACAAAUAUUGUCACGAACGUGUACGACGUUAAUUAGGAAUUUGGAGAAACAGAAAGAUGAUUUCAUGAAGAACUGAUAAAAAAGGGAUAGAAAAAGAUCGACGUAUAAUCCGUGUAAUUAAAACGAAAAACAAAAUAAGACAUACAUAUUUAUAUAUAUAUAUAUAUAUAUAUAUAUAUAUAUAUAUAUAUACACACAAAUUAUAUAUAAAACAAUAUUCUUUCAUUUUUUUUUUCUUUUUUUUUUCCUCCUAACAAGAUUUUCGUAUUAUCCGAAGUUUGCGGGCUAUGGACAAUUACAAAAUCAUUGCUGUCGGUAACAGUGUACCUUAAUUAAUAUAUUUUACAAAUAAAUUAUAUAUAUAUAUAUAUAUAUAAAAACACACAUACAUACACACACACACACACACACACACACACACAUAUAUAUAUAUAUAUAUCACAAUUUACAUCACCGACAUUACAUAUAUAAGAGAAAUAGAGAAGAGAAUGUUCUUCUUCGAUCGUUGUGUUGUCUAAAAAGAAAAAAAGAAAAACAAAAAAAAAAAAAGAAAAAACAAAAAACAGAAAAAAAAGAAGGGAAGAAGAAAAGGGGAAGAAUAAAAAAAAAGAAAAGCAGAACUUCGUGACUCGUUUAAUAUUUUUUUCUAAAGAAGAUAAACAACAACAACGACAACAACAACGACCGACAAAAAAAAAGGAAGAAAGAGAGGAACCAUUUUUUGAAGACUUCAGAAAUACUAGAUAUUUCGAAAGAUGGAGUUCAAGUUCAACGUCAAUAAACUUCUACCAAGGAAAAUUAACAAGGUUACUCAUAUUCUCAUACCGGAAGAUUUUAAAGGAGAUCGUCGUGAACUAAACGAAUGUCAACGGCAAUUAAGUAAAAUUUUGGACGACAUGGGAGAAGCUUCUGCAAAGGCUCAAGGAUUGAGUAAAUCAAUAACAAGUGCUGUUAAACUUCGUGACACAGAUCACAUUGUUUAUCUUCUCGUAGACAACGAAGCGAACAACAACCUGGGAAGCGUGGUAGGGUUGCUGAAAACUGGAUCAAAGAAUUUGUUCAUGUUCGAUGAAACGGGAGCAAAUUAUCAGUUGAGACCACGGUGCAUCUUGGAUUUUUAUAUUCAUGAAUCUCGACAGCGUAUGGGACUUGGCAAUAUUCUUUAUCAGUACAUGCUGUCCGAAGAAAAUAUUAGGCCAGUGAAAUUGGCAAUUGACCGACCCUCGGAGAAAUUUCUUGCCUUUCUACAAAAACAUUAUGGAUUGACGAAAAUCAUUACGCAGAAUAAUAAAUUCGUUGUGUUCCAAGGAUUUUUCGAUGACGAAAUUCAAGAUGUCAGAGCUAAUAGAUAUAGUUUACCACCAAGACAUUCUUUUGAUAUCGGCACACCACCAAAUAAUAAUGCAGCAAAAAGUAAUAGUACGAAUGGUAUACCGUAUGUUUCUACAGUUACUCGUAGUUCUUACGGUAGAUACGCUGCUGGACGACCGCCAUGUUCAAUGGCAAACAUAAUCCAUAAUACAGCGAUGCUUGGUCAAUCAAUUGAACGUACAGGCGAGGACAUUAUCUCUUCUCCUAUUACAACAAAACUGGAACGACCACGAUCUUUAAGCUUGUAUUCGGAGGAAGAUCAAAAGCAACAUACAAAUGAAUUACCAAUUAUAUCAACGACAGUUGUUCCUAAUAAUGAAGCAACAUCAUUCGCUCCUGUUAUAAUAGAAACUGAAAAAACUGUUAAACCAUCCCCAUCGUGCAGCCAAGAAGUAACUGGAAACAAUCAGCACGGUCAUCUUGAUCUUAAAUUUUAUCAUUCACCGUUGUGGUAAAGAAAGAAAAAAGAAAAAAAACAAAAAAAAAAAAAAAAAGAGGAACGUUUAUAAAUGACAUUUAUCAGAAACAAGAUAGAAAUAAAAAAUUUGAUGCUAUGGUAAUAA